AUGGCAGAAUACAAACUCUCAUACGAGUCCCAACUGGACGUCUACCAUCCAUCCUACCGCUUCGAAACCCACGAUCCACGCGACUGGAAAUCAGCCGCCGGCCGCGGUCCGGCACUCCCAGCUCUAGGAAAUGCAACAGCCGGCGCUGUCGGCGCAGCCAUUUCCAACGUCGUCGUCUACCCACUCAAUGUGAUAGUAGCACGGCUUCAAACUCAGAAACGAAAAGAUGUUGACUCGACCGAGAAAUCGGACAAUUAUAGUGACGAAGAAGAGGAAGAAUAUACUAGUGUCCUCGAUGCCGCUCGCAAAAUAUACCAGCAGCAGGGUAUCGGCGGCUUCUACCCCGGUCUCGUGCAAGAUACGUGGAAGACAGUCGCCGACUCGUUUCUUUUCUUCCUUGCCUAUAGCGCUAUUCGACAAAAAAGGAUUAUUGCACGUGUAGGUGCUGAGCGAGCGGCGAGGGGUAAGAAUAUUGUCCUUCCUGUAUUUGAUGAGCUCGCUGUUGGCAUUCUGGCUGGCUCGUUUGCUAAGUUGUUCACUACGCCGUUGUCGAAUAUUGUUGCCCGGAAGCAGAUGUCUGCUGCGCGGACAAAGGGCAAUAAGAAGAGUCUAUCGACGGGUGAUAUCGCUUCGCAGAUUCAGAAGGAGAAGGGUCUUGCGGGUUUCUGGUCUGGGUAUUCGGCUACCCUGAUCCUGACGCUGAACCCUUCUCUCACUUUCUUCCUGAAUGAGUUCCUGAAGCGGGCUCUGCUACCACGCGCAAAACGUGAUAAACCCUCGCCAGCUGUGACUUUUCUUCUCGCGGCGCUGAGCAAAGUCGCCGCUUCUUCUAUUACAUAUCCUUUCUCCCUUGCCAAGACCAGAGCUCAAGUCCUCAAGUCCACAUCCAAAUCUGGAUCUCCACAAUCCGCAUCGCAAUCAUCCCUCCUCAGCACCCUCACUCCCCAGAUAAUCUCAACAGUUAUAACAAUCGCUCGCAAAGACGGCUUCAAGGCCCUCUACGCCGGUCUCCAGGGUGAAGUCCUCAAGGGCUUCUUCUCGCAUGGCUUCACAAUGCUAGCCAAAGAUGCCGUCUACGCCUCCAUUAUCAAGAGCUACUAUCUCCUCCUAAUGCUAAUGCGCCGUUAUCCCUCUCCAGAGGAACUCAUCGAGCGUGCGCGCGAGCAGGCAGAGGAGUAUACCGAAAUUGCGCGAGAGGGAGCGCGAGAUCUAGCCGAACGCACGAAAGAAGGUGCAGAGGGGGUUUUGGCUGGGACGUCUGGGGGAGUGGCUGUUGAUAUGACUUCUAAUUCGGCGAGUGCUGCUGAGACUGCCGAUGCGGGUAAGGAGGCUUCUGGUAUUGAUGCUUCUUCUGGGCUGAAGGUUCCUGUCUCGCAUCUAUCUGAAGACGUUAAUGAGACUGCGGAAUUGGUGGGUGAUUAUGUUGAGGAUGAGGCUGCUGAGUGGAAGAGCUUUUAUCAUUGGUUUUGGGAGAAGGACCGAGGAACGCAUAAAGUCUGA